AUGCACGCACCGACUACUCUGUCCCUGCUGUCUGCAGUUGUGAUCGGCACUGCUGCUGCCCAGAGUCCUCUGACGGGAGAUCUUGGCAAUGCCACCGUCGUGGUGAACAACCCCCCCGGCGUCGUUUACGCUGGUAAGCUUCCGGAUACUGCCAAUUGGAAGGCGGCGUAUCCCGACGGCGGGAACGCCAAGGGCUCGAUUGCGGCCGUGGCCAACCCCGACGGCAUCGGCGUCCUGUUCAAGGUCACGUUCAGCAACUUGCCCAAGGAGGGUGGUCCUUUCACGUACCACCUCCACGUCGACCCCGUUCCUUCCGACGGCAACUGCACCUCGACUCUGGCCCACCUGGAUCCCUUCGUCCGCGGCGACACCGUUGCCUGCGACAAGCAGCUGCCGCAGACCUGCCAGGUGGGCGACCUGAGCGGCAAGCACGGUGCCAUCACGUCGGACCCGUUCGAGGUCACGUACCUGGACCCGUUCGCGUCGACGGCCGAGGACUCCGAGUCCUUCUUCGGCAACCGCAGCUUCGUCCUCCACUUCGCCAACAAGACCCGCAUCUCGUGCGCCAACUUCGAGAAGACCACCGAGUCCAGCAUCGGCGACCUGACCACCUCGGCCUGCGGCGCCUCCCCCACCGGCUCGGGCUCGGGCUCCGGUUCCGGUUCGGGAUCUGGUUCGGGCUCUGGCUCGGGCUCGGGCUCCGGCAAUGCCAGCACCACGGUGUCAAGCCCGACCGGCACCUCGGGGACUGCCAACCCAUCGGUCCCCGUUACCGCGUCGGCCGGCACUAGCGCGCGCCUGCUCACUGGCGCGGCUGGCGUCGUCUCGUUCGCCGCGGCGGUUAUGUUCCUGCUCUAA